AUGUACAGAAGCUAUGGAACUCAUCAAAGGAAUUAUAGUCAAAUUCCUUUGUAUUCAAACUCCAAUUCUAAUCAGCAAUAUCAGAUAUCACGAAACUUAGAUCAAGAUUUCAAAAUACCAUCUUACGGACAGCUUCCCCCGAACCCUCUAGCGAAGAACGCUAAUAAUUCAUCAGGGUUAUCUAAUGGACUAAUAAACGAUUCUCUUAGACAGUUCCGCCCUCCAGUAUUUAAAUCUAUCUCACGAAACCAACCUCAACAGCAACAGCAGAAACAAGCUGGCUCGGCAAAUUUACACAACAAUUCCAAUAAUAACACCAAUGUUUUAAUUCUGGUGAAAACACUUCAUCCAAUGACCAAUGAGCAACAGCUACGAACCGUUUUUGUCAGCAAAAUUCCUGAGCUUAUGAAUGAAACAUCUAUCAUCAAUAUUUUUCAAUUAAUACCUACAUUUGAAACUUUUAUCAGACUCCUUAAUGGCCGAAGCGAGCCUUUAUCAUAUGGAUUUGUCAGAUUUCAAAAUAUUGAUGCUAUAAAAUUUUUCAUAGAUGUUUUUGAAUCCAUUGAUUACAAGAAGAGCACAUACAAUACAUUUGAUACACUAUUUAGUAUAUCAACGGAUGAGAAUACCCUAAAGUACUUAGAGCAGCGGACAUUAGAAAAAAAUGGUUUAGAAUCAUAUUUUAUGGGCAAAAAUGUUAAGGAGGUUGCUUCAAUUGUGGAAAUGAAAAUUAAAAAUUGGUAUGAAAUCACAUCAGCGACUUUUGGUGAUGAUCUAUCAAUCAAAAUCCAACGCAAGGACGACGAUGAAGACAAGAAGGAAAGCUCUGAAGAUAAUAAUAUUACGAAGCCAGAAGAUGUCACAAUCAAUGAGAGCGAGUUUGAUGAUUUGGAGAUUGAUGACAAAGAGACAAUUCUUCAAGAGAUUCGUGAGUUCCGGUUACUAUCCAUCAAGUUUGAAAAAGUCAAGCAAGAUCAAAGUGCUGAGGAAAAGAAAGAACGUGACAAGUAUCUAGAAAAGGAGACGUCUAAGAUGCUUGGAGACAAGUCUGAUGGUGACUUGAACAAGAAAAGUGAUGAUGAUGGCAAACUUUUUACCGAGCGAGAUUUCCGUGAGAUGUCUGAUAGCGAGGAUGAGAUACCUGAAUCCGACGAACGACUAGAGGAGAUUCGACAAUCACGACUUAGGCAAAAAGAAGAGCGGGUUUUCGAAGAAGAUCAACGUCGUUGGAUUGGUCGUGAGCGGAUUCGUUCGUCAGCCUUGGCGCGUGAGAAGGAGCGUGAAGAAGAUUUUGAAGCGCGAUUGGAGCGCGAAAGACGCAAAGCGCUCAAGCAAUACGCAGAGUUUGUGGAUGGCGGCGAAUACGAAAAAAAUAAAAUGGAGUAUUACUACAAUCAUGCUACAUGGGUGAAGAACCGGAUGAGCGCUCGACUCCGCGAACAGGCACAGGACGAGCAAGAUGCAGAGGACGAGGCCGAAGAAGAGAGACAAAAGAUGGAAGAAAAGAACAAUUUUAUGUCUUCGCUUGCGUCAGAGCUUAGCACCAAGAAGUCGGGUGCUGGUAAAUUCAAGCUUUCUUUGUCUGGAGCCAAAAAGACCUCGCAAGCUUCAGAAGCGGUUACCAAUGCGUUGGGCAAAGAGGAAGAUAGCAGAGCUGUUAGUGACAAGAAGCCAAAAAAAGUUCUUAUUUCUGUCAAUUACGAAACUCUCAAGGAUAUCGACGAUUUUAUUUCUUCUUCAUCGAAUGAUCCCAGCAUUACAUCACUGGUUAAUGAGAUUCCCAAAAUUCCUGAAGAUCUCUUUAAGUUCAAGAUUUCUUGGGAAUUUCUUACCAAUGAUAUUAUUGAAGACAAACUUAAGCCGUUUAUUACGUCGCUCAUUAUGGAAUACUUAGGUGUUCAAGAAGACGAACUCAUUUCAUUUGUCGUUUCUUUGCUUAAGGAGCACAAGGAACCUCAGAAUUUUGUCAAAGAAAUGGAAAUUGCUCUAGAUGAAGAUGCAAUUGUAUUUAUAAAGCAGCUUUGGCGUCUUUUGAUUUUUGAGACAGAAAGACUGCACCGGGAAAUCUAA